AUGAGGAAGAAUGGGUGGAGGUUACCUUAUCAUCCUCUGCAGGUGGUGGCUAUUGCUGUUUUUUUGGCACUUGGGUUUGCUUUCUAUGUGUUCUUUGCUCCUUUUGUUGGGAAGAAGAUUUAUCAGUAUAUUGUUACAGGACUCUACACACCUCUGAUUGCUAGUGUCUUUGGACUAUACAUUUGGUGUGCGGCAGCUGAUCCAGCAGAUCCAGGGGUUUUUAAGUCUAAAAAGUAUCUUAAAAUUCCAGAGAGCAAAAAGCUUAGUGGGUUCAAGGAUUCUAAACGAGGCGGGGAAUCAAAUUCAUCCGUGCACGAUGGAAAUGCUUCAACAAUUGGACCGAAGUCCGUGGAUAAGGAGGCGUUCGGAACCGAAGCAAGUUUUAAAGAUGCUUCAAUUUCCAAAGAGAAGAAAAGUGCAUUGCCCCCUUCGUCAUCUUGUUUUCUGUGGCUUUUCUCUCCUUGCGCUUAUGUAUGUGGCUGCUCUAGUUCACAAGACGACUCUUCUGAUCAACUUGCUAGUGAAGACGGCAUGUUCUACUGCAGUUUGUGUGAAGUUGAGGUCUUCAAGUACAGCAAGCACUGUAGAGUUUGUGACAAGUGCGUUGAUAGCUUUGAUCACCAUUGCAGAUGGCUUAACAACUGCAUUGGGAAAAAGAACUAUCGAAAUUUUUUCACUCUUAUGGUUGCAGCUCUUCUCUUGCUUAUUCUUCAAUGGUUAACUGGGAUAAUUGUGCUUAUCUGCUGUUUUCUCAAGAGGAAGGAAUUUUCUGUUGACGUAUCCUCCAAGUUGGGAAGCAGUUUCUCUCUCGUUCCUUUCGUUAUUGUAGUGGCAGUUUGCACCAUUUUGGCUAUGAUCGCCACCUUACCCCUUGUUCAGCUUUUCUUCUUUCAUAUUCUUCUCAUUAAAAAGGGAAUCAGCACGUAUGAUUACAUCAUAGCUUUGAGGGAGCAGGAUCAGCAAGGAGUUGGAGGUCAGCAGAGUCCUCAAAUGUCACCUGUUAGCUCGAUUACCGGACUAAGCAGUGCAAGCUCCUUUUCUACUUUCCAUCGCGGUCAAUGGUGCACGCCCCCGCGCAUGUUUAUUGAUGAUCAGUUUGAUGUAGUGCCACCCGAAACAGCUUCUGUAAGUUCUCUAGGAAAGAAGUCAAUUCGAGAAGAACCGGUUAAGAAAAAGAAUCCUGGAGCAGUCAAAAUUAGUCCGUGGACAUUGGCACGGUUAAAUGCAGAAGAGGUUUCAAGGGCCGCAGCAGAAGCAAGAAAAAAAUCGAAAAUUCUGCAGCCUGUAGUGAGACAUAACAAUGAGCCAUUCAGGUUAGAAGCCGAUCAUACCUCUGGUAGCAGUGGACGACGAAUGGCCCCAAGGAGGCCAGGCAAACGCAUUCGCUUACCCGCCGACUUACCUAUGGAAGCCUUAACAAAAUAUUCCACCGGUAAUAUCGACAAAAGCUUCAACAGAAUGUCAAGUCUAGCACCUCUCCAGCUCGAAGCGCGGACAACUCAAGUCCUCUCAAGCUCAAGUGGCAUUGCCGCGUCUUCUCCGGAAAGCAGUUUAGACUCGCCAGAUAUCCAUCCGUUCUGCGCGCCUCCGGCGGAAGGCGAAUCAACAAGACGGCUUGGAAGUCUUUCAGUCGGCUGUUCAACGGCAACAAAAGGAUUUCCAUUUUCAAGAUCAGCUAGUGAUGGAUACGAUGCUUCUGGCGGCGAAGACAGCGACAGGGUUCCAACAAGGAUUGUUGAUAGAUCAACAACAAAUUGGAGUAAUCUUCUUUUCAAUGCUGAUCAAGAUGAAACAAAAUCAUCAUCUAGCUUUGUUCAUAAUAGAAAGUUGUGA